CGCUACACUUUGUUCUGUUAAAACACAGAUUGUGCUGAAACUUUAUUGUGAAACAAAGUAAAUAAAAGACACAAAAACCUUCUGAGGAACUGGAGAGUUUUAGAUCCUUCUGAAGAAUGGAGGAGUUUCCAAACCAUCUGAAGAACUAAUGGGGUUCAGAACCUUCAGUGGAAUUAAUGUGUUCCGGAGCCUGUCGAGGAAAGAGUUUUAGAACCUUCUGAGAAACUGGAGUUCCAGAACUUUUUCUGAAGACCUAAAACACUGCUGAAUCUUUUGAGGACCUAAUGAGUUCCUGAGCCUGUUGAGGACAUACAAACUUCUGGAACCUUCUGAGGAACUAAAGAGUUGCAGAGCUUGACACAAACUGAAGAGUUAUGGAACAACCUCAAGAACUAAAAAAAAUCUGGCACCUUCUUUUGAACUGAAGACUUCUGGAACCUUCUUAGGGACUAAAGUGUUGCAGAACUUUCUGAGUGGUUUGGGCCUGAACAGAGUUCUGGGAUUGCUAGCGUGUCGAGGAGAACGUGUUUUUUUACCUGCGAGUCUCUGCAGUGUGUUUCAGAAGGUUUGGAGAAGCCGCUAUGACUCAGAGUAACGGGGAGACGCAGCGUCAUGGCGGCCGGAUUCAGCAGAUCAGAGAGAGAAUGACGGAGCGAUCGAUCCGAGCACGGAACGCCGUGCAGAACCUCACUGCUAAAGACAUCCGAUCCUGCUUCAGGAGAAACGCCUUUGUCAUCCUCACCAUCGCUGCUGUCAUCAUCGGUAUCGUUCUGGGUUUUGGUUUGCGUCCCUAUAAGAUGUCGUAUCGGCAGGUGAAGUACUUCUCGUUCCCUGGAGAGCUGCUAAUGCGCAUGCUGCAGAUGUUAGUGCUCCCCCUGCUGGUGUCUAGUCUGAUUACAGGCAUGGCUGCAUUGGACAGUCGAGCGUCAGGCAAGAUGGGCAUGCGAGCUGUGAUCUACUACACCACCACCACCGUCAUCGCCGUCUUCAUCGGAAUCGUCAUGGUGGUCAUCAUCCAGCCAGGAAGGGGCGGAGCCAAACCACACACACACACUCAGCAGAAUCUAGAGGAGGUGAAUGCUGCCGACGCCUUCCUCGACUUAAUCAGAAACAUGUUCCCUCCAAACCUAGUGCAGGCCUGUACACAACAGUUUAAGACUCAGACCGGGAAGCGGACAGUGACCGUGAGGGUGUCAGUGAACGGUACGGUGAACGGUUCCAGUGUGGACGAGGAGCUGAGUUAUGAGGAGGACAUCCCGGUUCUCGGCACAGUGAACAGCAUCAAUGCUCUCGGCCUUGUUGUCUUCUCCAUGAGCUUCGGCCUCAUCAUCGGCGGCAUGAAGGAGCAGGGCCAGCCGCUCAGGGACUUCUUCAACUGUCUCAACGACGCAAUCAUGAGGCUCGUCGCCAUCAUCAUGUGGUACGCUCCUGUGGGCAUCCUCUUCCUGAUUGCGGGGAAAAUCCUGGAGAUGGAGGACCUGUCAGCAAUGGGCGGAGCUCUGGGCCUCUACACCAUCACUGUCAUCGUGGGCCUGCUCAUCCACGCCACCCUCGUCUUGCCCACCAUCUACUUCCUGGUCACACGUAAAAACCCUUUCGUGUUCAUCGGAGGUCUCCUACAGGCCCUCGUCACCGCGCUGGGCACCUCCUCCAGCUCUGCCACUCUGCCCAUCACGUUUAAGUGUCUGGAGGAGAAUAACGGUGUGGAUAAGCGAGUGACGCGGUUCGUGUUGCCAGUCGGAGCCACCAUCAACAUGGACGGCACGGCGCUGUACGAGGCGCUCGCUGCCAUCUUCAUCGCUCAGGUCAACAACAUGGACCUCAACUUCGGCCAGAUCCUCACUGUCAGUAUCACAUCCACGGCCGCGAGCAUCGGAGCAGCGGGGAUUCCCCAGGCCGGCCUGGUUACCAUGGUGAUAGUGCUCACCUCUGUAGGACUUCCCACCGAUGACAUCACUCUCAUCAUUGCAGUUGAUUGGUUCCUAGAUCGUUUGCGGACCACCACUAACGUUCUGGGCGACUCAAUUGGCGCGGGUGUGGUGGAAUUUUUGUCCCGUCACGAACUUCACGCAGCCGACGUCGAGCUCGGGAACUCUGUUCUGGAGGAGAGCGGGAGGAAGAAAGUUCCAUAUCAUCCCGUCUCUCAGGAGAACGAGUGCGAGAACGACAAAAUCCCCAACAACGAGACCAAGAUGUAGCUAAACAUGCUAAUGACUCUGAAACAAACACAACCCCUUACAGAGAGCACAACACUCUCCCCCCGACACUGAUGCAUUAUGGGUAACGUGGACUUGCCAUUCUGUCAGGAAUUUAGCAUUGUUUUUUUUUGUUGUUUCUUUUCUAAUCAGUGAACUCUUAUAAAAAUCAUAAAUGAACAUACAAAAGUUAAAGUUAAACUGAACCAGCAGGCUAACAUACACCAUCAAAUACAUUAUGCACAAUUAACAAAACUGUAACCAACACAGUUGGCGCUCCGCUAACACUUAUGUUAGCUAGCUAGCUGCUAAUUUAACUGCUCAUGGACACACUAAAGGCUAAAGCAAGUAAACUAGCCAGCCUGUCUUAGUGAAUUAGCUCAUUUUAUAAAUUUUAAGCAAAAAGAUUUUUUGGAUUAGCAUAGUUAGCCAUGUUGUGUGCUAGCGCACACUCCUGAUUUAUUCAUACUUAUUGUUUAAAAUGGUGUGUGUCAACCUUUUAGCAAGACUUAGCAUGUCACUAUCAGAACUGUGUUUAAAUAGCUAGUAGACCACAAGGUAGAAUGUAAUGCUAAUUUCAUUUCAGUAAGUUAGCCUGAUGUUAGCUAGCACUUCUCUGUUUUAUACACAUACACUCUGUGUGUUCACUUGUUAAUGCGAUACCGCCAUCUUUGAUAGGUCACUAGUGACUUUAGCCUUUAGUAUUGUGGCUAAAUGGUUAGCUAGCAGUAAUGUAAUGCAAUGUAAGCACAUACUUUAUUACCUCAAAGUCAGUUAGUUAUUAGUUAGUAAAUUAGUUAAAAGCUAAUUAUAGAAGUGUUAAUUAACUGGGUUAUACAUUGCUAAUUAAAGAUAACUGAAUUUAGACAAUGUAUUUUAGCUCAGCUAGCUCCUUCUACUGUGCAUUCUAAGGUAUGAUUUUAUAAGCAUUCAUAAAACUUUUUAAAAUAAAAACAAACAAAUCCUCACAAGAUGGCAGAAACAUCCCACAAUGCAAUGCAGCAGCUUCAUAUGCUGACCCAAUACACUACUAAAUAAUUUCAAAAAACUGACGAGGAAGACUGCAGGGUUGGUCAUGUGACUGCCAUUUUGAUCACAUGACUACUCUUUUUUUUUUGUCUUUGUUUGUUUGUUGAGGUCAUGUGACCACUCUAUCAUUCUUCCUGGUUUCAUUAAAACAGUUAAAGUUU